CUUGUAUUUUAUACACUCGUUUUUUGUCAUGAACCAGACACUUGUCGACAGAAUAGUGGUAGAACAAUAGAAGUGAAUUAAUUUUUAUUAAUUUUGUUUAAAUUGUGUAUGCACCUGUAUCAAGUGAGACAAAAGCAAAAUAUUGUGAUACUCGAAUUAUUAUUCUCUUUGUGAUAAAGCUAUUUAAAAGUAAUUAAAUAAAAUAAAAAACGUAUUGAAGUGUAAAGUGUGACAGUAUAAACUUUCUCGUAUUAUCAAUUUCGCGGUAUUCGGCGGCCGAAUUCAUAGAAAAUGAGUUGACCAAACUUUGCAUCACCUAUUUUUUUACCCUGGUUCAAAAUAAAUAACCGAAAUCAUGACUACAGACAGAUUUCACAAGGCAGCAAAGGACGGUUUACUGGAGGUGUUGCGGGAAGCGACGCGUAAAGAAUGUAAUAAUAAGGACGAGUCGGGAAUGACUCCCACACUGUGGGCGGCAUUCGAAGGUCACAUAGAGGCUUUACGUUUACUCUGCGGACGGGGUGGCGAACCAGAUAAGAGCGAUUACUUCGGUAAUACAGCCCUCCACUUAGCUGCAGCAAGAGGGCAUAAAGAAUGCGUUACGUUUCUCGUCAACUUUGGUGCUAAUGUGUACGCUAUGGAUGUCGACGGUCACACUGCUCAAGAACUAGCAGCUAUAAAUGGUAGAGAAGACAUCUUGAGGUUCCUUGACCAAGCUACAGGAAAGCUGGAAAAUAAUGACAAAAAGAAAGCAAAGUCUUUCAAGGAAAAAGCGAAAAAAGACCACGAGAAGUUGCAAAAGCAGUACCACAAGAGGCAGAGUAAAGCGGAGGUGAUGGCUGAAAAGGAAUUGAAGAAGUUGACGAAGGAAUGGGAACACAACUAUGGGGAGGAAGUAUCCACGAUGCCGCACCGACCCAGCAAUGUGCUGAUGGCUUUGAAACAGAAGAUGACACGGUCUACGAGUCAGGGUAAUUUAUUAGACGAGCAGCCAAGACCCACUUACAGUGCUUUGGUUGGGACUGUGAAUUCCGGCGCCCGAGGCAGAGGUGCGGUGUACAAGAAAGCGCUAGCUACCAAGCUUAAGAAUGGUACCCUGAGGAAGAGUAAUGCUAAUGACGAUUUUAAGGUCGGUGAAAUGGAAGGCACGGGGCGGCGCUCAGUGACGUCACUGAGCGGUGUGCGCCGCGACUCGGAGGUGAUGUACGUGGGCACGUUCGGGGCGGGCCCGCAGCAGCGCGGCAACCUCGCGCAGGUGUUCGACCCGGAGCCUAGGAAGGUGUACCGGCCCGCGCGCCGGCACACGCUCUCCCGCAUAGACGAGACCGUGUCCGAGUCGCGCACGCGCAGCCUCCCGCCGUCCGACUUCUCGACGCGGCCCGCGCUGCGCUCGCGCUCCAACGUGUCCGCCGACACGAGCCGCAGCGUGCCCGUGUGCAACCAGAGCCACGAGACCUCCAACCAGCUGGAGAGCCCGCAGUACGCGGACCCCGACUCCAGCUCGUGCGGCGACCGGCCCGCCUCCAUGACGGACCUGCCCAUCAUGGUGCCCAUGGAUCCGCUCACCGGCGCCUACAUCCCGUACCCGGAGUACGCGUACUACCACGACGACGGCUGCAGGCUGAACCGCCUCAAGUGGAAGGGCAAGAGCAAAACGAAAAACAACAAUCUGUUUCUAGCGUUCAUGUAUUAGCGCGGUCGCUUGCGUACAUUGAACGAAUGGUUAUGAGUUUCGAACGAACGCCGUUACAGUGUAUGACGCCACACCCAUUGUAUAUUAUUAUUUUUAAUCCUAAACUAUCUAAACAAUCAUACACUGCUUUUCCCAUGGGUGGCCCGAAUCUGGUGAAACGAUCGACUGAUUACUAUUGGCACGUUUUAUUGUGGCUGAAGAUUGCGUUUUUGGUAAUAAAUUAGCCAAAAACGCGUCUCCGGUCUCUGAGCACGGCUUUACGAAACUCUUAACUUACAAAUCUCAAAACGUAACUAUUUUUCGAAUAAAUAUUUCAGAUACAUGCGAAUUUAGCUAAUAGUGUAAAAUUGUACUUAUCGAAGGUAUGUACGUACAGGAGCAAGUCGAAGUGAACUCCGCCAUAAGUGUAUCGUAACAAAAUCAAUUAGAAUAAGUUAUAUGAUUUAAUGAUUUAUAGAAAGUUUGUCACAAGAGUGAAUGAGGAAUGGCUUCUGCCUUCCUACUUCCAAACAAAUGCUCAUGGUAUAAUUAUAUAUGUUGAAUUUUAGAAUAAACAUAUCGUAAGUGUAGUUCAAUAUAUUUUUACGAUAAUUACCUGUAUGUUAGAAUUGUGUAUGGUAAUUAAUAUUUGGAUAAAAUACUAUAAUAUUUUGUAUUAUAUUAAUAUGUUAUCUCCUUUAUAAUCGAAAUAUUUACCCAAAUUGACUGAAAAGAAUCGUCCUUUUCGAUAUAAUAAUAUUUGGAAGUACAUUUAUUAUUCAUUUUCUAUAAUGUUUUUUUUUAUACUUUGUAUGUAAUAUUUCUGUAGUCAAUGCAUAGUUUAGGUAAGAGGUCCACACUGUAAAUUAAUCAAUUUAGAUUUUAUACUUAUUGGAAAUUUAGAAUAUUUUCCACUAAUUUGUAUUUAAAUUUUUAAAAAAUAAAAGAUGUAAAAACUA